AUGCAACUGUCGUGGAAAGAUAUCCCAACCGUGUCGACGGCCAACGACUUACUCGACGUUGUGCUGAACAGAACACAGAGAAAGACCCCCACGGUCAUCAGACCCGGUUUCAAAAUCACCAGAAUCCGCGCAUUUUACAUGCGUAAGGUCAAAUACACUGCAGAGGGAUUCGAAGAGAAAUUCGAAGACCUGUUGAAAGGGUUCCCCAACAUUAACGACGUUCAUCCGUUCCACAGAGACUUGAUGGACACCCUGUACGAGAAGAACCAUUACAAGGUCUCUUUGGCAGCCGUUUCCCGUGCCAAAACUUUGAUCGAGCAGGUGUCCAGAGAUUAUCUGCGUCUGCUAAAGUUUGGUCAGUCUUUGUUCCAAUGUAAGCAGCUGAAGAGAGCCGCUUUGGGUAGAAUGGCCACUAUUGUCAAAAAACUCAAAGAUCCACUAGUCUAUUUGGAGCAGGUGCGUCAGCAUUUGGGCAGAUUGCCAUCGAUCGACCCCAACACCAGAACUUUGCUGAUCUGUGGUUAUCCAAAUGUGGGUAAAUCCUCGUUUUUGCGUUGUAUCACCAAGGCAGAUGUCGAGGUGCAACCAUACGCUUUCACUACCAAAUCCUUGUACGUGGGACAUUUCGAUUACAAGUACCUGAGAUUCCAGGCCAUUGACACUCCAGGUAUCCUUGAUAGACCUACAGAAGAGAUGAACAACAUCGAAAUGCAGUCUAUCUAUGCCAUUGCGCAUUUGCGUUCUUGCGUUUUGUAUUUCAUGGACUUGUCCGAACAGUGUGGUUUCACUAUUGAAGCACAAGUUAAAUUGUUCCACUCGAUCAAGCCUCUGUUCGCCAACAAAUCCGUUAUGGUUGUCAUGAACAAAACUGACAUCAUUAGACCCGAAGACUUGGACGAGGAGCGUGCCGCUUUAUUGCAAACCGUUUCUGAAAUGCCUGGCGUUGAACUCAUGGCCGCAUCUUGCACAGAGGAAGACAAUGUCAUGGCCGUAAGAAACAAAGCUUGUGAAAAGCUAUUGGCCUCGAGAAUCGAAAACAAACUCAAAUCCACAGCUAGAAUCAACAACGUAUUGAACAAGAUUCAUGUCGCAAAACCACAAGCAAGAGACGACGGUGUUGAUAGAUCACCUUACAUCCCUGAAGGUAUCAAAAACAAAGUCAAGUAUGAUGCUGAAGACCCCGAAAGAAGAAAGUUGGCGAGAGAUAUUGAGGCAGAGAAUGGUGGUGCUGGUGUUUUCAACGUUAAUCUAAAGGACAACUAUCUAUUGGAGGAUGACGAAUGGAAGAACGAUAAAAUGCCAGAACUACUGGACGGUAAAAAUGUCUACGAUUUCAUGGACCCUGAGAUUGCCGCUAAACUGCAGGCAUUGGAAGAAGAAGAGGAAAAGCUGGAAGCCGAAGGUUUCUACAACUCUGACGAAGAUGAAGAAGAAACCCAUGAGGGUUUGACAUCUGAAGAGGUGGUCGAUAUUAAAGACAAAGCCGCCUGGAUCAGAGACAGACAAAAGAAGAUGAUUUUGACCGCCAGAAACCGUAAGGCUCUUAAGAAUCGUGCAGUUAUGCCUCGUUCCAAACUUACAAAGUCUUUUGGCGAUAUGGAAGAGCAUAUGUCUUCUUUGGGUCACGAUUUGACUGCUCUGCAACAGAAGUCGAGAGCUGCUGCCGAAAAGAACAGAUACGUGGAAACUGGUGCCGACGUUGUCUUUGGAGGCGUUGAGUCAUCAACUACCUCUUCCAACGGUGGUAAACUAAGACAAUCUGAUAGGCUACUGGAUGGUGUUGCUGAUGGGUCUAUGAGAUCAAAGGCUGACAGGUUGGCCAAGUUGCAAAGAAGAGACAGAAACAGAGAUGCCAGACAAGGUGAGUCAGACAGACACUCGACUGCUGCCUUGGCCAAGCACUUGUACAGUGGUAAGCGUGGUGUUGGUAAGACAGACUUCCGUUGA